UGCUGCAUCUGUUGAUUCCUCGCUUGAUUUUUGUUCGUAAUAACUCGUGGAGGCGAGCUAAUCUGUUGAGCCGGUAGAUUCUCGGGUAAUCUGGUGCCUGAGCAUGUGUAGGCGAGCUGGUGGUGAUGGUUUUACUUGAGAUUUUAUGUUUUGGCGCGACUUUGAGCUGAUUGGUACUACAAUUUUUCUGUAAUCUCCGGUAGAUCGACGCGAGAUGGAUGCUUGUUCGCGCGAAAUUUGGGUGUUUUUUUUUGUAUAUCACUCGAGCAGUGUGGAUCGAGCUGGGUUUUGUCCAUUUUGGGCGGUCAUUUCGGGGUCUAGAUGUGGUGGAAGUAAUUAGAGCGGAGAUAGUUUUUGGGAAAAUCGUUCGUACGGACUAGUAAAUAUUUUUCGAUGUUAGCUUAUAAUUUCCCAUUCCUCUACUUUAGCUCAUCUGUUUCGUGCUUGCGCGAUUCUAAAUCUAAAUCUCCAUUGAAUCAACGUGACUUCUGGAAUCCAAUUCGCAGCUAAACAGAAUCAUACAAGCAGAAAACUGAAAAGAAGAGGGUGAACUUGUAUGUGCGUGAAAUUUUGCUUUUUAAGUUUUGUUUAUGCGCAGAAUUAAACUCCACUCUCUGUCAUCUCAACGACCUGGCAGGUUGAUAUGCUCUGGGUUGUGCUGCUGUUCAACUUUGAUAGUUCGUACUGAAUCAAACUCACUAAAUUAAAUGUGAGAUGGAGAGAGCAGAAAUAGCACCCUAUCGCAAUUGAACUACAAAUAUUGCUUCUAUGCAACGCGUAGUUAGCAGUCAUGGGACCUAUAUCCCCUCUUGGUGUAUGUGGACGGUGUAUUAUUAUUUCCAAAAAAAACCCCGAAAAGGAGUUCUCCCACUGGCCUGUGGUUCGAUCGAUGCACACACCUGCUGUUAUUUUCAUAUUUUUAUGAAAUUGUAAAGUAGCUAACUAGCUAUAGGUCAUUAUAAUCCUUCCGGUGCAAAGUAGGCCGCAUGCUCUAUGCUGUAGUUUGUUUCCUCCCUUUCUUCCUUUUGGUUUCUGUAUUUAUGAUCUUAGUUCAGAGUUUUUUUUUACUCUGUUUUUGGUCGGCGCCAGCUACAGAGGCUCCGUAAAUUUUGUGUCAUUUCGUAGUUCUUCUAAUAAAAAUAACAUAUUAUGAUGCGUGUUUGAGGAAAAAAGACACCUUUUUUUACUUUGUUUUAACUAAAAUGAGAGUGCUCAACGCUUUUCUAGGUAAGAAUUUAUGCUUUUGUCUGUGCAUCUACAAUAAAAGGAGCAGACACACCCAUUAUGCAGCCCUCAAUGUCUACAUCUUGCAUACUUCAUCUUCUCUUCCUCUGGCUGGAACUUUGGGUUGCUUCCGCUUGUCGAGGCUAGACCCUGGGCACGAACGGCCGUGUGCCUACCUUGCAUCAGGUACAUCCCGACUUGCUGCAUUACACCGGUUCCCUUUGGUCUAGAAAAGCUCAUGUACCACCUCUUUGGUGCUUUUGCUAUGACUAGACAGUUGAAGGCACCAGUUUUGAGAGCUCGAUGUUGUAACCUGAACUGUUUUGUAGUUAAAUUUUUUCUUUGACCCAGGCCUUCUUCUUGAAAACAUGCAUUGGCAAGGUUAUGCGAAAUUUGUUCCAUUGUCUGGUUGCCCCCCUUUCCUUUUUGUUGUCAAGUUUUGGUAAUAUUUCUUGUUUCAAAAUUUAGUAAAAUGACAUCUAUAAUAAUAUCCUUUGCUUCUUUCGGUUUUCCUUUUGCUAUAUAUUGCAAUGCAGAGACUUGCGCCUAUGGUUGGGAUUGGUUGAUAUUCUUCCAGGUCACAUUGUGGGAUGCAAACCCCCUUUGUGGGGGUUGAUUGAAGAAGUCGACAAUACUCAUAAGAGCACUUGCGUCUUGAGGUUUUGUGGUUCUGAGGCUCUUGAGCUACCAAGUAUGUCAGCUUCAAAUGGGAAGUGGAUCGACGGUCUCCAGUACUCAUCAUUGUUCUGGCCCCCGCCACAUGAUGCUCAGCAGAAACAGGUACAAAUAUUGGCUUACGUGGAGUACUUUGGCCAGUUUACAUCUGACAGCGAGCAAUUCCCUGAAGAUGUAGCUCAGCUCAUUCAAAGUUGCUAUCCAGCAAAAGAAAAACGCCUGGUAGACGAAGUAUUAGCAACUUUUGUUCUUCAUCACCCCGAGCAUGGUCAUGCAGUUGUGCAUCCAAUCCUUUCACGCAUCAUUGAUGGGACACUGUCUUAUGAUAGGCAUGGUUUCCCAUUCAAUUCCUUCAUCUCUUUGUUUACCCAAACUUCUGAGAAAGAGUACUCGGAGCAAUGGGCCUUGGCUUGUGGAGAAAUUCUUAGAGUUCUAACUCAUUACAAUAGGCCAAUCUUCAAAGUUGCAGAGCGUAACAGCACAUCCGACCAGGCCACGGCAAGUUACUCUGUACAGGAAAAAGCUAAUGGCUCUCCAGGAAAUGAACCUGACCGUAAGCCAUUGAGGCCAUUAUCUCCUUGGAUCACAGACAUUUUGCUAACUGCACCUUUGGGCAUUAGAAGUGAUUAUUUUAGAUGGUGUGGUGGAGUCAUGGGAAAAUACGCUGCUGGUGGAGAAUUGAAGCCUCCAACAACAGCAUACAGCCGGGGAGCAGGGAAGCACCCACAACUUAUGCCAUCCACCCCUAGAUGGGCUGUUGCCAAUGGAGCUGGAGUUAUAUUAAGUGUAUGUGAUGAGGAAGUAGCUCGAUAUGAGACAGCAAACUUGACGGCGGCAGCGGUUCCUGCGCUUCUACUACCUCCGCCAACAACGCCUUUGGAUGAGCAUUUGGUGGCAGGGCUGCCUCCCCUUGAACCAUAUGCUCGCUUGUUCCACAGGUACUAUGCAAUUGCUACUCCAAGUGCCACGCAGAGGUUGCUUUUUGGUCUUCUCGAAGCGCCACCAUCAUGGGCUCCAGAUGCACUUGAUGCAGCAGUGCAGCUCGUUGAACUCCUUCGAGCAGCUGAGGACUAUGCUACUGGCAUGCGGCUUCCAAAAAAUUGGUUGCAUCUUCAUUUCUUGCGUGCAAUUGGAACUGCAAUGUCUAUGAGAGCUGGUAUGGCUGCUGAUACAGCCGCAGCUUUGCUUUUUCGUAUACUGUCUCAGCCAACGUUGCUUUUUCCUCCACUAAGACACGCUGAAGGACUUGAAGUGCAGCAUGAACCACUGGGCGGCUAUGUAUCAUCAUACAAAAGACAGCUGGAAGUUCCUGCAUCUGAAACCACCAUCGAUGCUACUGCACAAGGCAUUGCUUCCUUGCUGUGUGCUCAUGGCCCUGAUGUUGAGUGGAGAAUUUGUACCAUCUGGGAAGCUGCGUAUGGUUUGUUACCUCUGAAUUCAUCAGCAGUUGAUUUGCCCGAAAUUGUUGUAGCUGCUCCACUUCAGCCACCUACUUUAUCGUGGAGCUUAUAUCUACCGCUGUUGAAAGUAUUUGAGUAUCUACCUCGUGGAAGUCCUUCUGAAGCAUGCCUUAUGAGAAUAUUUGUGGCAACGGUUGAAGCUAUACUCAGAAGAACUUUCCCUUCAGAGACCUCUGAACCAUCCAGAAAACCAAGAAGUCAAUCGAAGAACCUUGCUGUUGCUGAACUCCGCACAAUGAUACACUCACUCUUUGUUGAGUCCUGUGCCUCGAUGAACCUUGCCUCCCGGUUGCUGUUCGUAGUAUUAACGGUGUGCGUCAGUCAUCAAGCUUUGCCAGGGGGCAGCAAAAGACCAACAGGUAGUGAUAACCAUUCUUCCGAGGAGGCAACCGAGGGAUCAAGAUUAACCAAUGGAAGAAACAGAGUUAAGAAGAAACAAGGGCCUGUUGGUACAUUUGACUCGUAUGUGCUGGCUGCUGUUUGUGCCUUAUCUUGUGAACUUCAGCUGUUCCCUAUCCUCUGCAAGAAUGGAACACAUUCAAACAUAAAAGACUCCAUAAAGAUUAUCAUGCCUGGAAAAACCAAUGGGAUCAGUAAUGAGCUACAGAAUAGCAUUAGCUCAGCAGUUAUCCACACUCGUAGAAUUCUCGGCAUAUUGGAAGCUCUUUUCUCCUUGAAACCAUCAUCAGUUGGUACCUCGUGGAGCUAUAGUUCAAACGAGAUUGUUGCGGCGGCUAUGGUUGCUGCUCAUGUUUCUGAGUUAUUUCGUCGGUCCAGGCCAUGCCUAAAUGCAUUGUCUUCUCUUAAGCGAUGUAAGUGGGAUGCUGAGAUUUCUACCAGGGCAUCAUCCCUUUACCAUUUGAUCGACUUGCACGGUAAAACUGUGUCCUCUAUCGUGAAUAAAGCUGAGCCUCUAGAAGCUCACUUGACCCUUACAUCAGUAAGGAAAGAUGAUGGACAGCACAUUGAGGAAAACAACGUCAGUUCAUCGGAUAGUGACGACUUGGGAAAGAAGAAUGUUUUAGCCUCACACAAGAAAAAUGGUUUUUCAAGACCACUCUUGAAUUGUGGAGAGGAGGCUAUUCGAAAUGGUGGCGUUGCAAGCACAUCUGGGAAAGUUAUUGCAACCUUACAGGUGGAAGCAUCUGAUUUGGCAAACUUCCUUACCAUGGAUCGAAACGGGGGCUACGGAGGUUCUCAAACUCUCCUAAGAUCUGUAAUGUCAGAGAAACAGGAACUAUGCUUCUCUGUUGUCUCAUUGCUCUGGCAGAAGCUUAUUGCAUCUCCCGAAAUGCAGAUGUCUGCAGAAAGUACUUCAGCUCAUCAAGGAUGGAGAAAGGUUGUAGAUGCGCUUUGUGAUGUUGUUUCAGCCUCACCAGCAAAGGCUUCAACCGCCAUUGUUCUGCAGGCUGAGAAAGACUUACAGCCCUGGAUUGCUCGAGAUGAUGAGCAAGGACAGAAGAUGUGGAGAGUAAACCAGCGAAUAGUGAAGCUGAUAGCCGAGCUUAUGAGGAACCAUGAUAGUCCUGAAGCAUUGGUAAUUCUUGCUAGUGCUUCAGACCUUCUACUUCGUGCUACGGAUGGGAUGCUUGUUGAUGGUGAAGCUUGUACUUUGCCUCAAUUAGAGCUUCUGGAAGUAACCGCUAGAGCUAUUCAUCUCAUUGUUGAAUGGGGAGACCCAGGUGUAGCAGUUGCUGAUGGCCUGUCGAAUCUGCUGAAGUGCCGUCUAUCAACUACCAUCCGCUGCCUUUCCCACCCUAGCGCACAUGUACGCGCACUCAGCAUGUCCGUCCUUCGCGACAUCUUGAACAGUGGACCAAUAAAUUCCACCAAGAUCAUUCAAGGGGAGCAACGGAACGGCGUCCAAAGCCCCACGUACCAAUGUGCGGCCGCAAGCAUGGUCAACUGGCAAGCAGAUAUGGAGAGAUGCAUAGAGUGGGAAGCCCGCAGCCGUCGCGCCACCGGGAUGACACUUGCCUUCCUCAGCGCGGCGGCUAACGAACUCGGCUGCCCUCUUCCUUGCUGACAUGACCAUCUCGAAGCUGACAUCAGCGAGACUUGACGGUUGGUGCGAGCAGUUGCUGCAUGGUCAGUGAGCAGGAUUGCUAAUCCCUUGCUCAAGGAUGACUUCCCGGUCUGCCCCCAUGAUGUGAUUUAAAAC